AUGGUAAUUUUAAGAACAAGAACAAAAUCUCCAGAGAAUGCAAAUGACGUAGAACCAAAGAAAGAAAGAAGGAAAUAUAAGAGACAAAAAAAGUCAGAAAGUGAUUCAGAAUAUGACAUAUCUGAUCUAACACAAGUUGAAAAAUGGGCACAGGGAAGACCUUUUGAAAUCAUUGCAAAUCUUCCUGCAACUAUUGAUAUACCCAAUUAUAACUCUAUUUUGACACAUCCACUGAUGGUCAAGGAUUCUGCAGUACUAUAUGAUUCUCUAUGGAUCUCAAGAAGGACUUGGGUUUACAAUUUCGGUAAUGUGUUUCCUUUGUAUUGGAAAAAGGAUUUUCUGGAAGGUAACUUAGAAGAGGAAGAGGAAGAAAAUGUAUCAAAUUUUUCUAUUAAGGAUAAGAUGCAAAAGAUGUGUGACUGUACUAUGAUAGCAGGUCCACAUACAUUUGAUAUUAGACUGUUUAUAUUGAAAGAUGAGAAUAUUGAAAAUACCUGGCAGGAGGAACAAGAAUUGAAGAAAAAGGCCAAAGAAUUGAAGAGGUUACAAAAUCAGGAGGAGAAGAGACUUAGAAAUGAGGAAAAAAUGAGAAAUAGAUUAUUAAAACAACAAGAGAAGGAACAAAAAAGGGAAGCCAAGUUGAAGGCAAAACAAGAAAGAAUGAUUCUACUUCAAAAGAAGAAAGAAGAAAAGAAAAGAUUGAAAGAAUUGAAAGAAUUACAGAAAAAGGAAAAGGCUUUAAAAGCAGCCAAAAUUCGGAAGAGCAAAAAUGAUAAUAAGAAUAACAACAACAAUAAAGAUACCAAUGACAAUGGCGAAGAUACUAAAAAAGUAGAAAAGUCUAAACAGCUUACAACUUCUAUGAGAGAUGCAAUAAUGAUUGCCAAUUUGAAUAUGUUGGCUUCUAAAGAUCCUUUACUUGGUUCUCUUAUGAAGAAAGUUGCCGAUGGAGAGGCAAUGCCUGAUGAAGUGGAAGAAUUUAAGCAGGUUAUCGCCAUGGCAAAAAAAAUGCCUGCCCCACCAGGAUGGGCCCCAGAAAAAGCAUUUGUUGAUCUACAAACUAUGCAGAAUGCACAAACUAAUAAGAAAGAAAAGAAGGUGAGAACGAAGCAACUUGAAAAAAAGAAAGGCAAUUUGGAAAACAAGGAAAAGGUUACUGAGGCAGAAGGAAACGAUUCUAAAAUGGCAGGAGAAGUCUAUAAGUUGAAAGAUCAAAACACUGAAAUGAAAGAAAGCAGUACUGCUGAGAAGGCAAAGGACGCUAAGAUACAAGAUAAUAACUCAGAGGUAAAAGAUAAAAAUUUAGAAUUUGCAAAGCAAGAUUUUAAAAUAAAAGAUAACAAAACUGAGGCGAAAAAAGAAGGAUUUAAUACACAAGAGAGUAUUUCUGAAGUAGAGUCGAAUAAUUGUGAGAAAAAACAGAGUGGUUAUAGGAUAUCAGAACAGGCCUCACUGGUGAACGAGAAUUAUUCCAAAAUAAGUGAAGGAGAUUCUAAUGAAAAGGAACUGGAAAUGAGAGACGAAGAUUCUAGAAUAAAAGAUGUGACUUCAACCGUAAACGAGGAAAACCCUCAUAUAAAUAAACAAACUGGUGAUGACAAAGCGGAUAAUAUAAAUAGGAUGGAAGUAGUUUUUAAAGAAACUAGAGAAAAGUUAACAUCAGAGCAUACUAAUGGCAGGAUACAGCAGACAGAUGUAACAACAGAAGAGAGUGGGUCUGAUAUACAGAAGAGUUUUCAGCUAACUUCGAAGGAAUUAGAUUUGGUUAACCUUGGUGUAGAUGUUGUCAUUAAGAAUUUGGAACAAGGUAAAAAUUCUGUAGAGUCCUCAGUUUCAGAAACUAACGAUUCAUCCAUGAGCAGAAAUUUACCUGUUGAUAUAAAUGGCAAUACAUCGCUUCAAGCAAAUGAAAAAGAUAAUACAAUAAGUCAUCUGGAUGAGAAGAAUGUACCUCUAGAACAAAUAAAACAAGAAUCCAAUGAAAAUUCUAUUGUAUUGAUACCAACACUAGAUGUGGCGAAUAAAGAGGGUAAAAAGGAAAAGGAUAUGAUAGAAGGUGACUUAAAAUCAUGUGACAAUAAAAGAAAACUAGAUUCAAAGAAAAAACCUAGUAAAAGGCCUAGAAUAAAAGAAUCUACUGAUAUAGAGGAAGAACGACUAACAGCUUUUCAAUUGAAGUAUUUGAAAGGUGCGACAUUAGUACUUGAAUUUUUGGAAGAGAAGUAUAUUCGUUAUUACAUCCCAAAGGACUCUAUUAUUGAAUAUGUUGAGGAAAAGAAUGAAUAUAUUAUUUCCUGGAUAACCGUCCACAAUGAAAGAGACAUCAGCAGGUUUUCCAAAAAAUUAAAGAAACCAUUUGAUAAAGAAAUAUAUUUUGUAAGAGGAUGCCCUUCGCCACUUUAUUCUACAGUAACAGUUGUAAUUGCAGAUAUACCAAAGAGAUUUUCACCUAUAGUUUUGAAUUCGACAAACAAAUUAGAAGAUGUUCAGCGUUAUAUGGCUCAAAUUUUAGCAACUGGUGCAAGACUUUCUGGAUAUAAUUUAUGGUAUCAGCUAGAUGGUUAUGAUGAUGCAGAUUUAGCAGAACAUUAUAGGGUGGAGGCCAAUGAAUAUGAAAAUAGGAUUAGAGGCAAAAGAGCAAAAAGAGCCUCCUCUGUUAAUUCCUGA